UCUUCUUCUUCUUCUUCUUCUAUCUCUCUCUCUCUCUUAUUUAUUAUAAAACAAAUCUCCUCUCAACUCUCCAUGUUCUUCCUCUUUCUCCGUAUCUCUCUCAAAAUCAAAUCGAACCCAUCUCUUCCCAUUCAUCUUGUUCUUUCUAAGAUAAUAUAAGAAAACCCAUAUUUUAAAUCUUUUAAGUUUUUUACACAACAAAUAUUAUACAAAAACCAAAACAUGAAAGGUGAAUAUUUGGAACCCAAAACCUCGAACUCCCCCAAUAUGUUCUCCAAGCUUCAACACCAACACCAUCAGCAACAGCAUCAACUUCCUUUCUCUCAUCACUUCCAACUUUCACGUGAUUCUCAAACCUCUGAGGAAGAAACCAACAGCCAUAACUCUGCAGCCACCACCACCACACCUACCCCUAAGCUCAAGCAACUUGAGCCCAGUGAUGGGGCUACUAUUGAAGUUGGUCGCCGCCCUAGAGGUAGGCCACCGGGUUCCAAAAACAAGCCCAAACCCCCUGUUUUUAUCACCCGUGAACCCGAACCCGUCAUGAGUCCUUACAUUCUCGAAGUCCCGGGUGGGAACGACGUCGUUGAAGCUAUCUCAAACUUCUGCCAUCGCAAAAGUGUUGGAAUCUGUGUCCUCACCGGUUCUGGAAACGUCGCUAACGUUACACUCCGCCAGCCCUCCCCUACUCCUGGCGCCACGAUAACGUUUCACGGAAGAUUCGACAUUCUCUCAAUCUCUGCGACGUUUUUGCCGCAAAACGCUGGGUGUCCUCCGGUACCGAACAUAUUCGCGAUUUCUUUGGCAGGACCGCAGGGACAGGUCGUGGGAGGGUCCGUGGUGGGCCCACUGUUAGCGGCUGGUACCGUGUUUGUGGUUGCGGCCACGUUUAACAAUCCAUCAUACCACCGGCUACCUCUUCAGGAUGAGCCGAAGACUUCGAUUUCUGGUGGUGGUGGUGGUGAAGGGCAAUCGCCAGUUGGUUCGAGCGGUGGCGGUGGAGCCGAAAGUGGACAAGUGGCGGGGGGAGAGUCAUGUGGUAUGUCGAUUUAUGGUUGUCAUUUACCCGGUGGUGAUGUCAUAUGGGCACCCACUGCUAGACCACCACCGCCUUAUUGAGUUUUAUUUUAUUUUCCAUCUGUACCCUGUGAAUAAAUCGGACAUCGGAUUUACUUCCAUUUAGGAGUUGAUUGUAUUUUGUUUAUGAAGAUGAUUAAUUACUAGUUCUUCUAAA